AUGGCAUCUUCUUCGGACCUCGCCGUGGUUCUAUGCCACGGCUCCUACCACACCCCCGCCCCGUACGGGCCCCUGCUGGAAGCGUUGCAGGCGGGUCGAGGGAUCGAAGCCUACUGCCCUCAGCUCCCAACGGCCGACCUUUCAAAGCUCAACGUCGGCGAUGUCCACAGCCCCGACUUCGACCGAGGACCUCCGCCCGAAGGCUAUCCCCAAGGAGAGGAAGACACCAACACCGUCUUGGACGUGCUGAAGCCUUUGGUCGAAGCGGGAAAGGAAGUCCUCCUCGUCGCUCACUCCUCUGGUGGCUGGGUCGCCACGCAGGCUGCGCGGCCUGAGCUACAAGCUAAAGUCCGGAAGUCAAAAGGGCUUGUCGGAGGCAUCAUCGGUAUCCUCUACGCAGGGGCGUUCGUCGUCCCUGUUGGUGAAUCGAUCCACAGUUUCUUCCAGCCCAAAGACGGCAACUUUGUUACACCGCCGUUCAUGACUUUCCACAAACACGGUGCCGCCGGCCUCGGCACGAUAGUUCAGGCCGAGAAGUUCCUGUUCAAUGAUCUGGACCCAGCUACCGCCGCGAAGUGGGCGGCUACCCUGACUGCGUCGCCCAUUCUGACGACGAAGCUGACGAAUGACGCCUACUCAACGCUUCCGUGCGCCUAUCUGGUUCUCGACGGUGACCUGACGUUACCUCGUGAGUACCAGGAGGGUAUGAUUGCUCUUCAGGAAUCCAAGACGGGAAACUUCUCCGUCUACCAUUGCCCUGCUGGCCAUUCUCCCCAUCUGAGCUGGACUGAAGGCUUCGUCGAUACAAUUUGGGACUUUGUAGAGAAGAUCAGAACUGCAGAUGAUGCCAAGGGAACAGCCUAA